UUUUAGGGAGAGGCGAGUAGAAAUGGAGGAGAGGCUACUUGAAAAGGAGGAGAGAGGAUUGAUGGAGAGACUUGAAAGGCAGAAGGAGCAUCUUGAAAGGGAAAUUGAAAUGUUAAGAAGAAGAUUGAGGACGCAGCAGAAACCAGAGUCUCCUGAACCUGAACCUGAACCUGAACCUGAACCUGAACCUGAACCUGAACCUGAACCCAGCUGUGUGUCCUUCAAGAGUGACUGGUCAAAUGAUCUCUAUAUUGACUUUAAAGGUCAACAACCCUCUGCUGGAAAGAGGAUCCAUCAAAGACCAGACUCUGCUGAACCUGAACCCAGCUGUGUGUCCUUCAAGAGUGACUGGUCAUAUGAUCUCUAUAUUGACUUUAAAGGUCAACAACCCUCUGCUGGAAAGAGAGUGGACCAGGAGAGCUCAGAGGUUCCCAUUGGUCAGUCUGCCCAGCAGCAUCAAACACACCUGGACUCCAUAUUUAUGCUGCUGGAGGAGAACAUCAUCACUUUGUGA